AUUUAUUGUUUUUUUUCUAUAUUUGUUCAUUGGAAAAUCUCUGACAAAUUUAUACAGGAAUUGUGUAUCACAGGAGAAGUUUAGCAAUUUUAAUUGUUGUGUCUAUGUGCAUGCGAACGGAAAGUUAAAUGACACGUACUCUCUUGAUGAAGCAGAAUUUGUCGUGUGUUAGAAAAUUGUUAGAAGAAUUUGCACUGUGAUUAUCUGAAAGCUUUUUUAGUUGGUAAAUUUUUUCUAAUUCAAGAUUGCAAUGCGUUUAAGGGAAAAUUGCAGUAUUAUUCAAAGAGAUAAUACGCACAAGAAGUUGUUGAAUGAACUAAAAGACAAAAGCAUAUUAAGUGAUGAAUAUUAUUAAAAGUAAUUUUGUAUUAACUUAUGUUAAUAUGAUAAACAUAAGAAGUGUACCACAGGUAUAAGUCCCCGUGUGAUGUGACAAAAGUGGGGGAAUUAUGUAAAACCGUUCAGAAAUUGAUCGUACAUUCAGUCUCAAUCGUUACUUUGUGGUGUUCACUCAUCAAAAUCAAUGUUCUUUGCCAUUUUGGGAUUUAUUGAGUUCUAUUGAGAGUGUCCAAAGGAGUUCAUACAUUUUUUGAAAUAAAAAAAGGACUGUGAAAGAAAAAGUUCUUUAUCGCAAAGUUCUUGCAAACACAAACAGACGAGGAAAAUAGUAGAAAAGUGAAGUCAAUCCUUGACGUGUGGAUAUAUUGAAAGGAAAAGGAUCUAAAAGGCUUGACUUUUUUUGAGUUUUUUUUCGGUGAAUUUUUAAAGUGAUUUUGAAAAUUUGUGUGAGAUCAUUUUUUUUGCCUCUUUGGUGAAAUCAUUUUGACAAGUUUGCAAAUUCUUUCGGACAACUCAAGGAGAAAAUCUCUGUGAAGACGGAAGAAUCAAUAAUUUAGCACAAGUACCUGUGGUUUUAUCUGUGCCGAGAUAGAGAGAGUGAGUGUGAGAGGGAAGUGGGAAAAUCUCAGUUUCUUCACUAAGAAACCAAAAUGGCCUUAAUUAUGAAAUAUAUAGACAGUAUGCACCGAUAUAUGGACUCCUAUGGAGAUCCACGGACAAAAGAUUGGCCGAUGAUGUCAUCACCAUUCCCAACAUUAGCCGUCUGCCUAUGUUAUGUAUACAUUGUCAAGGUUUUGGGGCCACGACUUAUGGAGAAUCGGAAACCAUUCCACUUACAAAAUACCCUGAUAGUUUAUAAUUUUUUGCAAGUAAUUUUUAGUACAUGGCUGUUUUACGAGAUCAGUAUAUCCGGUUGGCUAACGGGACAUUAUAACUUCCGCUGUCAGCCAGUUGAUUAUAGUAACCACCCUAGAACACUGAGGAUGGUUCACGCGUGCUGGUGGUACUAUUUCUCCAAGUUUACAGAAUUUAUGGACACGCUUUUCUUCGUACUGCGCAAGAAAACUAGCCAGGUGUCAACAUUGCACGUGAUCCAUCACGGUUGUAUGCCAAUGUCAGUUUGGUUUGGAGUUAAAUUUACACCAGGUGGUCAUAGCACAUUCUUCGGCUUGUUGAACACUUUCGUCCACAUUGUGAUGUACACAUACUAUUUGUUUGCGGCAAUGGGACCACAAUAUCAGAAAUAUCUGUGGUGGAAGAAGUAUCUGACGACACUGCAAAUGGUCCAGUUUGUUGCUAUUAUGGUGCACGCAUUUCAGCUUCUCUUCAUCGAUUGCAACUAUCCGAGAGCAUUUGUGUGGUGGAUUGGAAUGCACGCUGUUAUGUUCUUCUUCCUGUUCAAUGAAUUCUACAGGUCAACAUACAAAGAGGCCAAAGAGAGGAGAAGAAGACUCGAGAGUAGCCGCCUUAUGCACGCCACAGAGAAGGUCCUGGGCAUCUGUACGAAUGGUACAUUGAGCUCAAGGAGUGAGUACAGCAAUGGCUCGGCCAAGCACGAUGAAGCGGAGGAGCACGUAGGCAAUGGAACUGCCAAGACGGCAAGUAAAGCUGCCGAUUACUAUGUCAGAGGCGAAGUGCCUGCUGACAUAACACAGAGAAAAAUUAUUCAGAAAUAAUAUUUAAUAUAUUGAAUAAUUUUAUCAUUAAAUGUGUAAUAGUAAUGUUUUAGAUGUUAAUGAAGGCAGAGAAAAUUCACGGAGAUGAAAAAAAGCGAGAAAAAAAACCAACUAAUAUUUAGGUAAUAUAGAGUAGGAAUUUAAUGAGAUGUAAAAGAAAGGAAGAAGAAAAAUAUAGAAAUUUUAAGUGUUAAGCAAUAUUUAAAAAAAAAAGAAAAAUCUUGUGAAGUAAAACCUCUCAUUGGGUUAAUUUUUUUUAACAUUUAUUUUGUGUCUGUGCUGUUUUGCAGAACACGCAGAGAAUUGUAAGUUUUUUUUUAUUAGAGCUUUUCUUUAUAGAUGGGAAAUAUUUAAAUGAAAAAUCCGAAUUGUGGGAGAGGGAUUUAGUUUACAAAAAAAAAAAAAAACAAGAUUACUUACAGCGGUUGAAAAAUGGAAAAAUCGCAAAGAAUUUUUCUAUUUUAAUUGAAUAACAAUUUUUCAUUUUUUUCAUAUUCUCCCCCCUCAAUUCCUUCUGAGAUGGAUUGAAUAAGAAUUGGGAGAAAAGGAAAAGAACCCUAAAAUAUCCACACUUUCGCAAAUUUGGCUGUGAAAAACAUCUUCGAAAAAAUACAUACGCAUGUAUUUUAUUAUGUAAUUAAAGACAUGAAAGUUAAAAGAAAAAGCCGGUGAAAAAAAUGGUGGAGAAUUGAAAAAAUGCAAAUUGCAGAGAAUUUUUUCGGUUAGUUUAGAUAAAGAAAAGAAAGUAAACCACAUUACACCAAAUAAAACAAAGAAAAAAAACACUGAAGAUGACUUAAAAGCGUGUGGAGAUUUUUUUCUACAGUCAAUCAAAAUGUGCACCGAAUAUUUGAAAAAAAGAAAAAAAAAUCAAAUAAUAACAAGAAAAAAUUUCCGUUUGACCUUAUUUUUCUCCAACCUGAGAAUUUUCACCCGAUUUUUGGUGCUGCAUUUGUUUUCUUCUAUUCAGAGAGAGAAAAUGAAAACCAUUUCACAAGAUAUCUGUCUAGAAUUCUGUGUGAAGAGAAAACUGUGAAAAUUUCGGGAAAAAAAGAUUUAAUUUUCAAUGAUAUGGGAGUGAAAAUUUAAUAUACUAAUUUUUCCUUUGAAAACUUUGGAUUAACUUCGCUGUAACUCACUUUCCAUUCAUGGAAGUAAUAUCUGACGUUUUUUUUAUAGGCUCCGCCCAUUAUUUUUUAGGCCACGCCUACAAACAUGUUUUUAUGGGUUUUUAAUUUUCGAUUGUGGGGUACUUAAUUUUAUUGCAGAGGAAAUAAAUAUAGGAAUUGUAAUUUGAUGAGAGAUUUGAAGAGCUUCGCUGACGAAUAAACACAGAGAAAUCCGAAAAAGUUAAAAUAACAUUCCGGAAAUGUUAAUUUUACCCUGCAGUAUUGAUCCGAAAUCGGUGUAAAUAUUACCCUUUUUUUGGUGUAUUGCGGGUUAAAGUUACCCUUUUUCAUAUUAAUUUUACCCUUAAAAAGGUGUAAAAUUAACAUAAAAAAUGUUGAUAUAUUUUUACACCUAAAAAGUGUUAAAGUUAUGAGGAAAAAAAGCUAAUCGCACCCUCUUUUUUUCUCAGUAAAUAGACCACGCCUCCAUACAUAAUAAUUUAAUGACUGUUGUCGUUUUGAGAGCAAUAUUUUAACAAAAUUUUUGUUUACUCCUCACUUCCAAUAAUGUUUUAAAAAAGAAUAAAAACGACAGGAAAAAUAGGGCUUCGAAUGGAGGCAUCGUUCACAAUAAAUGGGCGUCGAUUAUAAAAAGGGCGUGGCAAUGUCACAUUACUCCUUUAUCCCAUAUAUCCAUAAAAGAAAACAAAUAAAUUGUUGGAGAAAGAAAUUUUUGCAUAAUAAUUCUCUACAAAUACAAACUUUUGUACAGGGCGUCGUGGCUUAUUUUUAAUAGGACGAACUUGAAGAGCUUUGCUUAUGAACAAAUAAGUCACGCCUCCUGAAGAAAUAUGGAUUUAACGCAAUAUUUAAACCAAAUUACUUUUUGUUCUCCGCUUACGAUAAUCUUUUAAAACAAGAAAUAAAAAAACAAGGUCCUAACCGGAGAGAAUAAUUACAAUAAGUAGGCGUGGUUUAUCGAAGGGCGUGGCAUCUAAGCUGCUAAACAGACACUGAGAGAAAUCCGAAAAAGUUAAAAUAAUAUUCCGGAAAUAUACCGAUUUCUGCAAUAUUGAUCCGACAUCGGUGUAAAUAUUAUGCUUUUUAUGUGAUUUAAAGGUUAAAGUCACCCUUUUUCAUGUUAAUUUUUCUUUUUUUUUUUGUUGAGAAAAAAAGAGGGCGCGAUUAAUUUUUUUCCUCAUAACUUUAACACUUUUUAGGUGUAAAAAUACAUCAACAUUUUUUAAUGUUAAUUUUACACCUUUUUAAGAGUAAAAUUAACAUGAAAUAGGGUAACUUUAACCCCCAAUACACCUAAAAAGGGUAAAAUUUACACCUAUUUUGGAUCAGUUUUGGAGGGUAAAAUUAACAUUUCCGGAAUGUUAUUUUAACUUUUUCGAAUUUCUCUAAGUGAAUAGAGAAAUUUUGUUGAAUACAUCUUUCCAAACAACAUGUUUUGUAGUCGCGGUAGGCGUGGCUUAUUUUUGAUAAGAAAAACUCGAACAGCUUUUUCUGAUACAUAAGUCCCGCCUUCUAAAAAACAAAUGUGAACUUAAAGCAAUAAUUCAGCAAAGUUUUCUUUUGCUCCGCUUACAAAAAUCUUGAAAAAAGAGAUAAAAAAACAAGACUAUGACAGGAAACUAUUGGAAACAAUAGUUAUAAUAAAUUGGCGUGGUUUAUAGAAGAGGCGUGUCGUAUCGUCUUUACAUUAAUCCUUUAUCUCGCACAUCCUAAAAAAAUUGAGCUGCUGAAAAGAGGAAUUUUACAGAAUAUAUUUCUGCGUACACAAAGUCUUGUAGAGGGCGUGGCCUUUUUUAUCAUAAGAGGAACUCGAAGAGCUUUUCAUAUGAAAAAAUAAGUCACGCUCUCUAAAGAAACAUAUGGAUUUGACGUAAUAUUUUAAUAAAGUUUCCUUUUGCUGUCCGCAGACGACAAUAUCUUGAAACAAAGAGAAAAAAUAAGUAGGCGUAGUUUAUAGAGGGGCGUGGCCUCGCACAACGUUUCUAGAACGUUCUACAACGUUUCGAGGAUCUGUUGUCCUCAACAUUAGGUAUCAAAUUCGCAGGAAAAUCACGUACAGGUGGGAAAUGUUAUGUGGGAUAUUAUUUUUUAAAACAGCCAUUCAACAAAUUCAUUAAAAAUAGUAGGCGUAGUUUCCAAAUGGGCGUGACAUUGCUAUAUUUCACGGGCCUUAAGUUUCAAAAAGGGCGUGGCUUAUUUUUAAAAAAUCCUAAAGGGGAAUUCUGUAAUUAUAUGACAAUGUCAUAUGACAAAUUCUCGUUGUAAAAUUCGGGAUCAGAACAACAUAAAAAGCCCAAUGAGCAUCAAAUGGUCAUUGCAUGGAACUCUAUGAAGCUUUUAUUAACUACUCUAAGUCGGACUUAUGAUUAGUUUUUCUGAAUUUACCACACAAAAAAAUUUAAAUUUGUCAUAUGACAUUGUCAUAUUGUUAUAGAAUCCCCCUACUGGACGGUCUCUGUCAAAAAUUGCAAUAUUUAGGCUAGUUCACUAACCAGAAUUAAAAAACAACCAGAAAUAAAAACAACAAUGUAUACAUCUUCUGUGUGUGACUAAAAAAAUUAUGGGCGGAGCUUAUUCAAGACGUCAAAUAAUACUCCUCUAGAAAAAAAGUGAAUUAUGAAUUUACAAAAAAGUUACAGUGAAGAAAUCCCAAAAGUUUAAACCCUCAAUUGCCUUUUUGGUAAAUUUUUUGAAGUUCUGUGAACUUAAAAAGCUUAACUUUUGUUUUUCAGAAUUAUCCAAAAUUCACAUUUCUUCUAAAAUAAAAAUAUUUUAAAGAGUAAAAUAAAGAAAAUCAAAGCACAUUAAUUGCAUAUCUAUAGCAAAUUUGGUCAUUAAUUGAGGGUUAAAGCAGUUAAAGCACUCAGCACAGGCUUUUUCUAGCAAACUGCUAGAAUUCUCGCAGAAACUCCCAUUAUCUCUUUCACUUCGAAAAGAACUGUACUAGAAUAAGUGCAACAAAAGCUUUUUGCACAAAAAAAGCUUCGUGCAGAGCCCAUAAAAAAUCCAUUGAUUAACUUUUGGACGGACAAAAAAAAGGCAUAUCAAAUAUUAUUUUUGGUGACGGAAUUUAUCGGGCAUAAGUGAAAAAUAAAAAUUUGCAAAAAAAAAACAUUUAAAUUAUUUAUAAAAAUUAUUGAUAAAAGAACUAAUUAACUAAAAAACUCGCAAUAAUUUUUAGAUUAGUCAAAACGAAUUAAAAAAAAAAGAAUAUAACGUGAAAUUUUUAAAAAUGAGAAAAUGUUUUUAGAAAAAAACUGCUCACUUAAAUCUAAAUAUUAAUUUACUCCACUGCUAGAACAUUUUGUCGUUUAGCUUGGGAAAUAUUCUUUUUGUAGUCUUGUUUUUAGUGAAAUUUUUUUCCUAGAUUAACUGCAUUCUCUGACAUUUUUUAUUUCUUUAAUUUUCAAACUGAAAAGAUAAAAUUUAAAAAAAAAUCCAGAAGUCAUGAAAAAAAGAAAAGAAAAAUGUUUUACAUUGUAAGUAAAUGCUAUCGCAAAGAUUAUUCAUCGAGAAAGUUGCAUCUCAUAUUAUCCAUUAAUCUUUUACCCUUAGAAAAGGUAGAGGAUGGAAAAGAAAAAAAAGUCAAAUGAAUGUUAAAUUUUUCCGGUGAACUCUUUAAAAAAAAAUGCGAAGCAAAAUUGUAAAUAUUGCAUAAUAAAUUUGUUAAAUUAUAACACGAUGGAAACGAAGAGCGCUGUUUUACGAAUAGGUUUUUAUAAAAAUUUAUGUAUUUUAUUAUAAAAAGGAAAAAAGGAAUAAAAAACAUAGUUGUAGAAAUAAA